AUACAGUACAGUAUAUCUUUGUUUCUUGCUAUCAUCCAUGAGAAUAUUGCGCAUGCGCACAUCGAGUCCCUCUCGGGUUCUUCGCUAGCUCUGCAGUUUCAGCUUUCGGCCGCUGAGCGCGAACUGAGCAUGCGCACAUGGAGUCGUCUCUUUUUACGCCACCACGGGGUACGAAAUGCGCAUGCGUGCACCCGUUUUUUGGCGGCCUGUUCGAUUUCCUUACACUUCCGGCCAUUCUGAGGCGCGGGAACCGGAGAGGAACCCAACGAAGUCCUCGGAACGUAGGACAAAAAGAUGCCGAAGCCUCACCCGGUGUGUCCGAAUCCUUUAUUUAUGCGGUGGCUCCAGGAAUGGCGCGACGAAGCCGCCGAACGCGGGCGGGCAAGAAGCCAACGGGCCUAUGAGCGGGCGCUGAGCUCCCUCCGCAAAUACCCGUUGCCUUUGCACAGCGGGCGCGAGGCCCGGAUCCUUCAGUACUUUGGGGAGCAAAUCUGUCGGCAGCUGGAGGAGCGCCUGGAGAGACACCGGGAAGACACGGCCACCACUGAUCUGCCGCCCCAAGCCUCAACGUUGAAGACCCCAAACGAUGCUGAACCAUCAAGUUAUGGGGCCACAUCCACAGAUCGUAUCCCGGGGCCACAGUCUGAUCUGGCGCAGUGUCCAGAGUCGCACAUAAAAGUGAGUGUGCCGUUUGGAGUAUGGAGCCCUUACUUAUCCAUGGGAGACAAACUGGACUUGAGCCCAUGGCUUCGUUCAGAUCUUGGAACUCUUAUGCUUAAAGCAGGGAAAAAGCAACUUGUAUCCCGCCGCCGCCGGGCUCGGAUCCCAACCCAGCGAUCUGCAGCGUAUGCCGUGCUGGUGGCUCUUUACCGGGACACGAGGAAUCCGGAAUCCCGGGGUUACUUGACAAAGCCGGAGUUACAACGAGCAGCUCAACCACUCUGCGAUAAAUCUUUCUGUCUGGCUGACCCGGGCGAUAAGAAGACGGCUUGGUCUGCAGUCUGCAAUCUAAUCCGCAAGGAGCUGGUCCUCAAGACCAGUAUCCCAGCCAGAUAUUCUCUGACGGAGUCUGGCUUGUCCUUGGCCCGAGAGCUGGCCGCCUUGGAAGACCCGAAGGAUGAUGCCCGGAAAACAUCACCAACCACGUCAACCAGAAGCAGAGAAUUAUGUGCUCUUUCGGAGGGUGAAGGUGAAGACCGGAUGGAGAAGGAGGAUUUCCCAAGGUCAAUUGAUAAGGAACCAGAAAGAGAGCUGCUUAAGCCCCAGUUCACCCUUCAGCCUGGCCAGUUUGACGUGGUCCUCUGCGUGGACGUCAUUGAGACCACCGGGGGUCCUGCGUCCCGGAAACAGGAGCUGGUGGAGGAACUCCGGCGUCACCACGUCCCCUUCAGCGUCCGGAAGCUCCACGUGGGCGACUUCCUUUGGGUGGCCCGGGAGCGAGUCUCUCCAGCCACAGCGCAAGAACUGGUGCUCGACUACGUUGUGGAACGGAAGAAGAUGCCCGACUUGUGCAGCAGCAUCAUCGACGGCCGCUAUCGUGAACAGAAGUUCCGCUUGCGGCAGUGCGGCCUCUCCCACCCCAUCUAUUUGAUGGAAGACGCAGGCUCCGUGGGGCACCUCAGUCUGCCUGAGAAGACCCUGCAGCAGGCCGUGGUCAACACCCAGGUGGUGGACGGCUUCUUUGUCAAACGCACCCGGGACAUCCGGGAAUCCGCGGCCUACCUGACCGUCAUGACCCGUCACCUGGCCCGACUGUAUGGGGACCGGACCCUCGUGAGCUGCACCCGGGAAGAGCUGCAGCCGGAACGCCCUCCACAGACGGACAGCCGCUCGUCCCGCCUCCUGACCUUCGCCGAGUUCAACGAAAGCGCCGUGAAGAACAAGGCCCAGACGGUGAGAGAGGUCUUUGCCCGGCAGCUCCUCCAGCUCAGCGGCAUCAGCGGGGACAAGGCCACGGCCCUCCUGGACCGAUUCCCCACACCCGCCAGCCUUCGGGAUGCUUUCGCCGCUUGCCCCUCGUCCCAGGCCCAGGAACAGAUGCUCAGCGGCACCAAAUGCGGGAAACUGCAGCGAAACCUGGGCCCCGUCCUGAGCAAGUCUUUGGCCCAACUGUAUUGCACGCCCGGACCGUUGCCUUGAGCCCGCGUUCGAGAUAAUCAUUCGAAAAUGAUGGCAAGAUGACUAUUCCAGUAUGUAUGUAUAUAUGUGUGUGUGUGUGUGUGUGUGUGUGUGUGUGUGUGUGUGUGUAUAUAUAUACACACACACAUAUAUACACACACACACACCCUUCCCUAUUUGUGGACAAAUCCCUUCUGAAAAUGGCCUUUCCGAGGUUGAUUUCUUUUAUAAAUAUAUAAAAUUUUAUAUAUAUAUAUAUAUAUAUAUAUAUAUAUAUAUAUAUAUAUAUGCGCGCGCAUGUUAAUAUUCUAAUAAAAACCUCAGGUUCUGUUUUUGCAAAGGCUCUUUGGGUUUUCAGUCUUAGGAAGGCACAGAAAAGACCCCAAUUUAUAUAUAUAUUAUAUAUAAAUAUAAAUUUAUGUUAAUAUUCUAAUAAAAAUCUCAGGUUCUGUUUUUGCAAAGGCUCUUUGGGUUUUCAGUCUUAGGAAGGCACGGAAAAGACCCCAAUUUUUAUAUAUAUAUAUAUAUAUAUAUAUAUAUAUAUAUAUAUAUAUAUAUAAAAAUAUAAAUUUAUGUUAAUAUUCUAAUAAAAAUCUCAGGUUCUCUUUUUGCAAAGGCUCUUUGGGUUUUCAGUCUUAGGAAGGCACAGAAAAGACCCCAAUUUAUAUAUAUAUAUAAAUAUAAAUUUAUGUUAAUAUUCUAAUAAAAAUCUCCGGUUCAGUCUUAGGAAGGCACAGAAAAGACCCCAAUUUAUAUAUAUAUAUAUAAAUAUAACUUUAUGUUAAUAUUCUAAUAAAAAUAAUAUUCAUUUCAUAUAUUUUUAUAUAUAUAUAUAUAUAUAUAUAUAUAUAUAUAUAUAUAUAUAUAUAUAGACCCCAAUUUAUAUAUAUAUAUAUACAUUUAUAAAUAUAAAUGUAUAUAUAUAUAAAUUUAUAAAUAUAAAUCCAAGCCCCUUCUGCUCUGCAGGAAGGCACAACCAAAGCCCUCUCGACAGAUGACCAUCCAGCUUCUGCUUAAGGAGGUGGUUUGGUGAUCCCUCAAGGGUGAGAGAAACUGACCUUCAGCUCUGGAGGCCGGUGGGUCAGGACCCAAAGGAACACAUUCAGGCCUUUUAAAUUCAUUUUAAAAAUCCAAACGCUUUCCAUAGUAAAUGGCAUUUAAUUUGUUGUUUAAACCAUUGGCCUAAUAGUUGGGCCAACCUUUCCAAACCCCCUUUGUGUUAAAUAAAAGAAGGGGUGAACAUUA